ACCAUCCGCCCCACCAUCAUUCUUUCCCUCUUCUCUCAACCGAGCCAUCUAGCGAGGGGGUCGUCCUGCUCGUCGUCGAGAGACGGCGGCCCCUCCUUAUAAGAGAUGAGAGGGGCUCGUUGGCGAGAUACCACGCACUUGCAGUCAAUGUUCUCUCUCCCUCUCUCCCAUAUGCAUCUCUCUUUCUACGUUAGUCUAUCUGUUCUCUCUCGGGGUCCUCUUCUCUCUCGUUUUCGAUGCUUCGCUCAUCUCGAUUUGAAAUGGGAAAGGUCAAGACCGGGACCAACGAAUUCGGUGGGACCGGCUGCUUCACCGCCAGAGUCGCGCUCCAAAGAGACGACGUCGAGCUCGUCGCCGUCAACGAGCCCUUCAUCACCACCAACCACAUGACUAAUACGUUCGAGUACGACAGUGUUCAUGGUCAAUGGAAGAACCGCAAGCUCAAAGUCCAGGACUCUAAGGUGCUUCCCUUUGGCGAGAAGUCAGUCGCCGUCUUUGCCAACUGGAGAAUGAGCAAGAAUCCCAUUGGGCAAGACGGGGCUGCAGUCAUCGUUGAAUCCGCUGGAGUUUUCAUCGAUAUGGAUAAAGCUGCUGCCCAUUUGAAGGGUGGUGCCAAGGAAAUUGUCAUUUCUGCCCCAGGCGAGGAUGCUCCCGUGUUCGUUGUGGGUGUCGAUGGGAAGAAAUACACAUCUGACCUCGACAUUGUCUCCAGUUCUAGCUGCACUACCAACUGCCUUGCUCCAUUAGCCAACAAGGUCAUCAAUGACAGAUUUGGUAUCAUCGAGGGUCUUAUGACCACUUUCCAUUUCAUCAAUGCCACACAGAAGACUGUAGAUGGAGCUACUUCUAUUAACAUUAUCCCAAGAAGCACGGGAGCUGCCAAGGCUAUUGGGAAAGUGCUUCCGGCACUGAACGGGAAGUUGACUGGAAUGGCUUUCGGUUUGCCUACGGUUGAUGUCUCAGUGGUUGACCUCACUGUGAGACUCGAGAAAGCUGCUAUUUACGAUGAGAGGGCUGCAAUAAAGGAGGAAUCUGAGGGCAACAUGGAAGGAUUUCUUGGUUACGCUUAUGACGAUGUUGUAUCGACUGACUACGUAGGUGACAAAAGCUCUCGUGUUAUUGACUUGAUCUGCCACAUGGCCUCCGAUCUUGGAUAAUUUCCGGACUGACUGGGAUCUCGUUAGAGAGCUUUCUUUUCUUUGGCCGUCUUUAACUUGUCGAUGUAAUGUCAUGCAUUUUAAGGAUUAGAGCGAUACUUUUGGAUUUCCACUUAUAUUAUGGCAGCGUUCACCAUAGUGGGUGACCGUUUUAUGAGAAACUUAUGUUCCCGUCCUUAUUCUCCAAUCAAUUUGA